AUGGAGUUACAGGCAGCUGUUGCUGGUGCUAGGAUGACCAACGCGGUGCGGUCGAAUCAUUCCUUACCAAUACGAGAAUCUUUUUUGUGGAUAGACAACAAAGCAGUUCUUUCAUGGCUUGCUUCAGAUCCUCGGAACUACACGCCGUUCGUAGGGAACAGAGUUGCUGAGAUACACGAUCUAAUCGAUGUAAGAACUUGCCGGUGGGUUCCAACGAAAGACAACGUUGCUGACAUUCUAACCAAGUGGACCGGAGAAGCAGAGUUGAAAUCUUGCAGUCGAUGGUAUCAUGGUCCUCAGUUUUUACUAGAUUGCGAAUCUAGUUGGCCGGAAUCAGCGCUUCCGUCUCCGGGAACGCAGGAAGAACUUCGAGCAAAGUUUCUUUUUCAUGACGUGACAACAACAGCUGCUCUCAUCGAUCCAAGCCGUAUUUCAAGAUGGAAAAUAAUAGUAAGAACCAUGACGAUGGUAUACCGAUUUAUUGAAAACUGCCGCAGACGGCUUGCAAAGAAACCGAUAGUAGCUGUACCGAGGGGUAAUAUGCGAGCCCUUCUACAAUUUCCGGCAACAAUUACCCAAGUUCAACAGAAAGAAUAUCAACGUGCAGAAUUUCGUCUUUGGCAGAUGGCGCAGCAACAGGAAUUUCCUGAUGAAUACUCAAUUUUAGUAUUCAACCGAGACAAACCAGUGGACAAGUGGAAACCAUUGGAAAAGAGCAGUUUUCUUUACAACAAAUCUCCGUUCAUCGACGAGUUCGGAGUGAUGCGCAUGGAGAGCCGAAUAGAACACGCUGUAGAUCUUCCCUUUGAUCUUCGUUUUCCUGUCAUCCUUCCGCGGAAGAACCUUGUUACCACCAGACUAUUAGAAUACUUUCAUCGUCAGUUCGGACAUUCCAACCGGGAGACUGUAGUGAACGAAGUUCGCCAACGCUUCGUUAUACAAAAUCUUCGAGCUGCUAUCAGAGACGUGAUGAAGGCGUGCCAGUGGUGCAAGAUACGGAAAUGUAAACCAGAUCAUCCAAAGAUGGCUCCCUUGCCAAAGGAACGUUUGACGCCGCAUAUUCGACCUUUCAGUUACGUCGGAAUCGAUUACUGUGGCCCGAUUGAAGUAACUGUGACCCGUCACAAGGAAAAGCGGUACAUUGCGGUGUUUACGUGUCUCGUGACCAGAGGCGUACAUCUUGAAGUUGCCCAUAGCCUAUCAACAGACUCCUGCAAGAUGGCGAUACGUCGCUUCGUGAAGAGGAAGGCCGCCCCUGUGAAGAUAUUUUCUGACAACGGGACCAACUUGGUGGGAGCCAGUCGAGAAUUAGCUGAGCAAUUACGACGAAUCAACGAAGCUUGUUCGGAGACCUUUACGGACGCAAGAACGGAAUGGUGUUUCAACCCUCCCUCUGCUCCCCACAUGGGUGGUGUUUGGGAGCGAAUGGUGCGCUCGGUGAAGGAAUCUCUCAAGGCGUACGACGAUGGUGGAAAGCUAAACGACGAAAUACUUCUUACAUCCUUAGCCGAAGUAGAAGACUUGAUAAACUCGAGGCCACUUACCUACAUGCCACAAGAGUCCGCAAUUGAAGAAGCUAUUACACCAAACCACUUCAUCAAAGGUUUCUCAUCGGAGAACAAGGAAGCGAUGUGUAAUCCGGUCGAUCUAGGGGACGCUUUACGCAGUAGUUUCAAGAGGUCGCAGCAAAUGACUGAACGUUAUUGGAUGAGGUGGAUUAAGGAGUACUUGCCAACGCUGCAGCAGAGGUCCAAGUGGUUCCAAAAUACGCAACCGAUCAAGGUCGGGGACCUGGUCUACAUAGCCGAAGGUACUCGGAGGUGCUGGGUUCGCGGACGCGUGGUGCAGGUGAUGCCGAAUAAAGAUGGAGUAGUAAGACGAGCCGUGGUGAAAACCAGAAAUGGAGAAUUGAGACGACCAGUGGUCAAACUUGCCGUGCUGGAAGUUGCUGGUGCAGCCGAUGGAUACGGAGGGUCAUCAGCUCCACGGGGCGGGGAAUGUUAG